CUUCCACUCUCCUCCUGCCUUGUGUCUGUGAGCUCCCAUUUCUGCCUGCCCAGCCUGUGACUCCGUCUCUGCCUCACAGUCUCUCUCACUGAGUCUCACACUCUACAGCAACAAUGAAAUCCGUCAAGCAAAGUUCAUACUCUGUGCACUCCUCCACUAGUAGCAGGGCUCCUGCUAUAUCAGUCACCCGUACCUCUGCUCCUGCCUACAGGGCCGGCUCUGUGCAUGGUGGGGCCGGUGGGAACCGCAUCAGCAUCUCCUCCGGUGUCCGCAGUGGCCUGGGAUCCAGCAUGGGAAUGGGCUCCGGAGCAGGGGGUUUCUCCAGCAACAUCCAGGUGAGCACCAGCGGGAAGAGCGCAGACAUCAUGGGCAAUGAGAAGUUUGCCAUGCAGAACCUGAACGACCGGCUGGCCAACUACCUGGAGACGGUGAGGAAUCUGGAGCAGGCCAACCACAAGCUGGAGGUUAAGAUCAAGGAGGCCCUGGAGAAGAGCGGACCUGACUUCAGAGACUACAGCAAGUACCAGGCCAUCCUGGAUGACCUGAGGAGGAAGGUGUUUGACGCCACCACCGACAAUGCCCGCCUGGUUCUCAACAUUGACAACGCUCGCUUGGCGGCCGAUGACUUCAGAGUGAAAUAUGAGUCUGAGCUGGCCAUCCGCCAGUCUGUGGAGGCCGACAUCAUCGGCCUGAGGAAGCUCAUCGACGACACCAACAUGAGCCGCAUGAACCUGGAGAGUGAGAUCGAGUCCCUGAAGGAAGAGCUCAUCCACCUUAAGAAGAACCAUGAAAAUGAAGUUAUGGAGCUUCGUAACCAGAUUGCUCAGUCAGGAGUCCACGUGGAUGUCGACGCUCCUAAAGGACAGGACCUGGCUCAGAUAAUGGCAGAAAUAAGGGCCAAGUACGAAAAGAUGGCGCUGGAGAACCAGAAAGAACUCAAAGCAUGGCACGAAUCACAGCUAACAACAGUCCAGGUCGAAGUCGAGCAGAACACAGAGGCCCUGAAAAAUGCCCAGACCACAGUGAACGAACUGCGCAGACAGCUACAAACCCUGGAGAUCGAGCUGGAUUCACAGAAGAGCCUGAAAGGCUCUCUGGAGGGCACGCUGAGGGACACAGAGAUGCGCUACAACAUGGAGAUUGAGUCUCUCAACGGCGUCCUCCUGGGUCUGGAGGCAGAGCUCACACAGCUGCGUAACAACAUCAUGGUGCAGACACAGGAGUACGAGGCCCUCCUCAACAUCAAGAUGAAGCUGGAGGCCGAGAUCGCUACAUACAGACGGCUGCUGGAUGGAGAAGACUUCUCGCUCCAGGAUGCUCUGCAAGACCAGAAGACAAUCAAGACCAAAGUGAUGACUGUCACGCAGACCCUGGUGGACGGCAAGGUGGUUUCCUCCAGCACAGAGACCAAGAACGUUUGAACACCAGGAGCAACCUCCUGAUACUCCCAACAAUCACUGUCGCUGCAUCAUAACCAGACUGUCAUAACACUAACAUACGAUUGGCCAAAACUGAUUCUUUCAUCCAAUGGGUUCUUCUUUCUUUUUAGUCAUACUAACAGACACUGCAAUUAGUUUGACUGCAUGGGUCUACAGCACUGCCACGGGCUGACAUAAACUGGAUCAGAGGAAAAUUAAAUCAUCAUUUAUUUAUUUCAUCAUGAUUUAUUUAUGUGCUUAUCUGGUGACGUGCUGAUGUUUACUAAAAGUUCAGAAUUGGAGAACUGUGAGCUUUUUUCAGAGACAAACUAAGCGAAGACAUUGAAUAUUUCAAAUUGAUACAAUACAAUUAAAUGCAAAACACAUUUUUAUAUUUCAUCAUCUUUAGUUUUCUUUCUGUCCAGUGAAGUUCUGUCUGUUGAGCUGUGUUCAGACAUUCAAAUAAAGUCCAUUCAUGAAACUUA